AUGCAUGAUUUAAAAGAAGGUAAACUUGCUGAUUCUUCGGAUGGUCUAGUCAUUGGCGAAAAUGAUGUUGCAAAAACCCUAGGUAUAACGUGGAUGAGUAAAACGGAUAAAUUAAUAUUUCAUAUUGAUGUUGGAAUGAAGGGUGAAUGUUUAACAAAAAGAGUUAUGCUUUCAGGCAUAUCCAGAAUAUUCGAUCCAAUGGGUUUACUUGGACCUUGCAUUAUAAUUGCUAAAGUAAUGUUACAACAACUUUGGAAGGAAAAUCUAUCUUGGGACAGUCCAGUUUCCCAUGAAUUACAAGUUAAAUGGAACAAUUUUAUACAAGAACUUCCGUCAUUAAAUUAUUUAAAAAUUCAGCGACAUGUUACUUGUGAUAAUUCCACACAAAUAGAAUUACAUGCCUUUUCAGAAGCUUCUGAGGUAGCAUAUGGUGCAGCUGUGUAUGUCAGAUCAAAAAAUUGCUAUGGUGAAACAUUUUGUCAUUUGUUUAUCUCUAAAGCUAAGGUUGCGCCAAUUAAAUCACUAACAAUCCCUCGGUUAGAAUUAUGUGCAGCCCAUCUUCUGGCUAAACUUGUUAAUAAGGUUACUACUUCUUUGAGGCUUGAUUUCAAUUCUGUAACAUUAUGGUCUGACUCCACAAUAGUGUUGGGUUGGAUUAAAACUCCAGUUCAUUUGUUAAAACCAUUCGUUCGUAAUCGAAUUGCUGAAAUACAGGAAUUAACUGAUAUCAGUUCAUGGCGUUAUGUUCCAAGUUUAGAAAAUCCUGUAGACAUUUUAUCAAGAGGCUCUUAUCCUAGUAGUUUGAAUAAUUCAAAUAUAUGGUGGCAGGGUCCAUAUUGGCUCCAAGAGAGCCCUGACCUUUGGCCAAAAGACAACAAAACGUCUAUUCCCCUUCCAGAAAUAAAAACUACUUUGGUAGCGGUGUCUGAAUUUAAAUUUCCAUUCGAAAGUUUUUUUAAUUUCGCUAAAUCCAUAAAGAAGAAUCAAUCGGCGAAUUCCACGUUGACCGACAUCGAUAAACCUAUCAUGUUAAGCAAAACUUUUAGUUAUAAACAAAAAGAUCUCAAACUGGGUACUAUUAUUGAAAAGGAUAACGAAGAUAUGACAGUACCUCAACUAGAAGUAGCUUUCGAUGAAGACGCAGUCGAAACUUCUAAUCGUGAAGGAAAACUAGACAAUGAUCCGAAAAUGUAG